AGUUCAAAGAAGGUGUCCCAAUGUUUGGUCAAGCAAAAUUCUCACCAACAUUCAUCAAGUAAUAACGGUAGAGACACUCUCGACCCAAUUAUAGGUCGUCCCUUCAUUAGUCGGUGUUGGAGAUAAAUGAAAAAUUUCUUAAGUUAUGAAGCGAGAAAGUCAUUCAAGAAGCGAUCGUCCCCUCGACGUUCAUCAUCAGGUAAUUUUCAGUUUUCACCAUUUUAACUUUCAAGUUGGGCAUUCACGUCGUUCAUGCUCCAGCUUGAGGGAGAGAAUAGGGAGUCAACAUAUGUCGAUCGCCUAGCUCAGUCAUCAAGUCGACCGCAAUGUACCAGCGUGAGUUCAUGUCGUUCAAGAGACGCAGUCAACCAUCUCCACCAUAUCAUUUGGAUAGACGCAGUCAACUGUCUCCGUCUAGCCGUUCAAGAAGACGCAGUCAACCGUCUCCAUCAUGUCGUUCAGAUAGUCAACCGUCUCCGUCAGACCGUCAUGACGGUCAAGAAGACGCAGUCAAUCAUCUUCAUUAGGUUGUUGGUAGAGAGAGUCAGUCAUCUCCUAGUCAAUAGCUCGUCCAAGAUUUCAUUCAUCUUGUGUUUUGUUGUACAAGCUUGUCAUGCUUGUUCUUCACAUUUCCUUUUUCAAGCUCGACAUUCUUGUCAUACAUGUCUUCGCUUGAGGGGGAGUGUUGUAGUUAUUUAAACCGUGUGAGUUUUGGGUCUUGUUGGGCCUUGUCCGAGUUGUAGUAGGUAUGGAUAAUUGGUCGUACUCAGCUCUUCUCGUUAUGGUUUUAACCUUAAGUCUUUCUCUAUAUAAGGCUUAGCUAUGGUCAUCGUGGAUUAGUCCUGUUCACGUCGAACAGGGAUACCACGUAAAAAUCUUAUGUCUCUUGUUCUUUUCAAUUCCACAUCAUCAGAUUAUACAAUUUAGCUUAUGGUGGAGUGAACUCUCGCAACGACACGCAGAAGGAUGCAGUCCGUUUUACGCGUAUGUUGGUCCAAGCGAAACUAGUUAGAUUAAUUUAAUCUAAUUCAUUUAAGUAAGUACUCUACUCAUGCCUUUUAUUGAAAUUGUGGUUAUUUUUUGAAUUCAUUUCUUUCAAAUUCGAGUAAGUCAUUACCAAUUUUACUUUGUAGUGGUAAGGAAUUUUGCAAAACAAAAGUCAACUUUGUCAUCCUACCAAAACUUUGUCAUCCUAAACUUCGUAGUUUCUUCUUCCUUUUCUCAUCUUUUUCUCGGGGACUCUGCCUCUAGUUCCUCUGCUUUGCGCUGCACGGCGGCCAAAAGGGAAGGAAAAAAGGGAAGAUGAUCAUCAAAAGUACAGCUGAUCUCGUGAAAGACGAGCUCCCAAUCGAGCAGGAAGCGAUAGUGAUUCCAGAGGACGGAGGAGCUGUCUCCGGUCUGGUACUUGUGGACAUCAUCAACGGAUUCUGCACCGUUGGAGCCGGGAAUUUGGCUCCAACGGAGCCGAAUACGCAGAUCACCGAAAUGAUUAAGGAAUCAGAGAGGAUGGCAAGGCUAUUCUGUGAGAAGAAGCUCCCUGUUAUGGUUUUCCUUGAUUCCCAUCACCCUGGAAAGCCUGAAAACCCAUACCCUCCUCACUGUCUUGUGGGCACCCCUGAAUCCAACUUGGUUCCUGCUUUAGAGUGGCUUGAGAAGGAACCAAACGUGACAAUCAGAAGGAAGGACUGCUUCGAUGGGUUCUUGGGAUCAAUACAGGAAGAUGGUUCCAACGUUUUUGUCGACUGGGUUGCCAAGAAUGCCAUCACAACUAUAGUGGUGGCUGGGGUGUGCACGGACAUAUGCGUGCUGGACUUCGUCUGCUCGACGCUAUCAGCCAGAAACCUGGGAUUUCUGAAACCUCUGGAGAAUGUGGUAGUGUGUUCGAAUGCCUGUGCUACUUUUGAUGUCCCUCUCCAUGCUUCAAAGACGGCCAAGGGUGCUAUGGCUCAUCCUCAGGAGCUUAUGCACCAUGUAGGGCUAUACAUGGCGAAGGAAAGAGGUGCCGUCAUAGCAAGCGAGGUGAGGUUUGCAUCCAACAAUAAUAUGGGGCGACUCAAUGUGUGAAGAACCAGCCUUACCUACUUGAUACGUGGAGUGGAGUUGGCUCUCCCUACAGAUGGGAGUUUAUGCUCUGUUUCAUACAGCUGAAGUUUGGUUUCCGGCAGUCCUAGUAGAUAUUGUCCCUACUACAAGUAUUUUGAUCGAACUUUACUUUCCAAUGGCGCACCGUUGUUAUACGACUACUACUGCUACCUAGUUGGCCACUCUACAUGGCGAAACGAUAUUUUUCCAUGAUGGAAUGUAAACUUAAGUACUUGACUUUUAUAUAUUUCAUGCAACUUACUUGGAUAUAUAUGUGUCUAGUAAAUAAACCGUUUUUAUACUACUGUUACUUAGUUCUGCCACGUGAAAAGAAAAAAAAAAUCUAUAAAUUAUUAAAAUUUCA